GAGGAAGUUGCCUACAUGCUGCGCUUCUUCAUCCUAAACCCACGAGGAUGGCUUCCAUCUCUACUUGGUAUCACAAUCAGUAUUCAACUUGGAAUCGCACUCGUCGUCUUCACGCUACUCCUUUCCUAGCUCGCACCGAUACCCACACAUCUCGUACUGCUACCUCCAUGGCUCGCACAAAUACACAAGAUGCCGUCAUCAUCAACAUGGGCGACAAUUCAUCCAAGAAGGAGAAGAAACAGGAGACCCUCUUCGGGCCCAACAUUGGCGUCGUCGGCUCUACACCCCAGUGGGCUCAAUCCUUGGGACAAAAGACUCCCGCAGACAACGUCUCUUCAAAUAUCAUCCAGAACUGGAUUACAAGGAGCAAAGAGCCUUCACAGCCAACGACUACUCUCCAGGCGUUGGUUAAUCUCAAGCGGCCCACACUCCGCUUAUGUCCUUUGAUCAUCUCAUCGGGAGAUGAUUCGGACCAAGUCGAUUCUCACCAUAACCAUGGUUUGGAAUUCGAAUACGAUUGCGACGCAGCCAAGUGUCGCAUAAACGUUAGUGUGGUGCUACCUGCAGACCACCCCUAUGCAGAGACCAUAGAUAGCACAGGCUACUCGUGCAUCUCCGUUUUCGAAUCCAUCGUUGACGGUGGUUUUGGUAAAGUAUUGCAUCUAGAUGAAGGUGCAACCCUCGAAUUAGGAAGGUUUGAGCACAAACAUACCGAAGCAGAGACCGCCUCUUCCCAGAUUACCGGGGUUCCCGAGUCGUCCCGAGCAGCAGAUAGUGUUGACUCCUCCGCUCCUGCUAGUGGUAGGAACGACCGUGUCCGGAAACGCUUUACGGGAUUCAAUUUCCGGAAGCGCUCCACUAGCACGUCUGUAUCAGGACCGGCGCUUGCCGUUGUUGAUGCAGAAGUAUCUGCACCCACAGUUGAAGGGAGUGAAGAGAAAGGGGACAAAGAAGAGGUGAAGGAUGGCGUUCGAGUCACUAUCCGGUUAUCAGCGUUGGACGAGGACGGUACCGACCUGUCUGUAGUCAACGAGCAGAUAACAUACCUCCACGUCGUCCGUUUUGGCACUACGCCCGAUGAUGAAAAAGAAGACACCAGGUCCUGGGUCGUCAAGGUUGUGAAACGUGAAGCCACAAUUGGACCUCACACGUUCCACUUGCACGAGAUCUAUGGUCUUUCCUCUCAGUCUACUUCAUCCUCUCAACCACAUGCGGCUUCUUCCACAUCGGACGCACAUACUUACCCGCCCACGUCUGCAUCCGCAGCGCCUAUACACGAGGAUGAACCGUCAUCUGAGUGUUUACUAUGCCUUUCUUCCCCACGUGAGGUUAUUCUACUCCCUUGCCGCCACCUCGUCGCAUGCAAGGAAUGUGCCAUUAAUAUGGUCGAAUUCGGUGCUGGCGGCAAUAUUAUCCACACUGAAGAAACCACAACUGCACCCGCAGGUGGUGAGGCUUCAGCUACAGAAGGCUCUGCUCCAGCUCCAGUACCCACCAUGAUCGCUCAGAACAUACGGAGAAAGCGAAAGGCAAAAGGCUGGUUUUGCCCCGUCUGCCGUCGACCUUACACCUCGCUUUUACGGAUUUCAACGACACCUCCGACGAAGGAUAUAUCCGACGAUGAACAUCGUGCGUCCAUCGAUGAGCACGAGCAUGAGGACGACGAACAUGAGCACGAACACGAACAUGAACGUGAGGAUGAACACGACGACGACCCUCUGGCAACCGCGCCGCCGGCACCUGGCGGUAUGUUCAAUAGCAUCCGUUCAGGCCUCAUGCGUCUGAGCGUGGCGCGUUCUGACGGCGAACAUACCGCCGAGGCCACAGAAAGUGAGCACCCUGCAGAGGUGCCCGCGUCAAUUGUUUAGAGUCCCACGGCUUGUCCAGUAUUAUAUGUGAUGUGUAGGCUGAUCUAGGACUUCAUAUGAUUUUGGUCGUGUUUGUGGCUGGCUGGCUAUCUCCGAACACUCAUUAUUGUUUUUACUCUGAUUACUCGUAUAGUUUAUGUGUAGUUUCAUUUCACUCUAGGAUCUUUCUUGUACCGAUACCGUAUUCUAACUUAUCGGAUGUAAAAUGACAUAACCUGUAUACGAAU